AUGUUUUGGGGCAAGCGCACGUUGGCCUGCCACCUGCCUGGCUGGGAGGAGGCGCUGCCGCCGGGCGGCGCGGGGCAGUGGCCGCCCAGGCGGCGGCCGCCGCUGGCCGACCGCCGCGGGGCGGUGGUGUACGAGCUGCAUGUGCGAGACUUCAGCGCGGGGGACCCCUCGGUGCCAGAAGAGCUCCGGGGCAAGUACCUGGCGUUCGCGCAGGAGGGCACGCGCGGCGACAAGCACCUGCGAGCGCUGGCCGCCGCGGGGGUCACGCACGUGCAGCUGCUGCCGACGUACGACUUCGGGUCGGUGCCGGAGCGCGCCGAGGACCGCCGCGAGCCCGAGGUGCCCGCCGGCGCCGGCCCCGCCUCGGAGCUGCAGCAGGCGGCCGUCGAGGCGGCGAAGGACACCGACGCCUUCAACUGGGGCUACGACCCAGUGCUCUACGACGUCCCCGAGGGCAGCUACGCCACCCGCGCAGACGGCGCGGCCCGCGUGUCCGAGCACCGGGCGAUGGUGGCCGCGCUGCACGACAAGGGCCUGCGGGUGGUGCUGGACGUGGUCGGGGGCCCUCGGACAACCACACGCUGGGCAGCGGGCCCGCGGGCCCUCACAGCGUGCUGGACAAGUGCGUCCCGGGGUGCCGCGCGGCUCGCCCUCCCCAUCGAGGCCUCGGGGGCGGCAAAGAGGAGGGUGAUGACUAUCGGGACGACCGGCAUGGGUAUUACCACCGGCGCUCCGAGUCGGGCCAGUACGAGAACUCGACCUGCAUGAACAACACGGCCGGGGAGCGGGCUAUGAUGGAGCGGCUCGUAGUGGACAGCGUGGUCCACUGGGCAAAGGAGUACGGCGUCGACGGCUUCCGCUUCGACCUCUUCGGUCACCUGCCCCUGCGUUGCAUCCUACGGUGCCGCGCGGCGCUGGACGCGCUGAGCCUGGAGAAGGA